AUGUUCAGUUCUUUAGUUCUUGUUUCGGUCGCGAUUUAUAAGCUAUAUUUCCCAUGGUACGUUCUCCUUCGCAUUUUCGAUACUCUCCGUUAUCCCUUUUUUCCGCGUGGGCUUCCGCGUACUUGCAUGGCGCCUUUUCAUUAUUAUUGCCAUCAUUUUUUUUCUUUGUAUGUGCCGGGCCGAAGAAACAUUCAAAUGGGAGAUUGUUUUGACGAAGGCUGCGAGAAGGCGUCGUCGGCACUACGGUCAUUCGAAAAACGUGUGUUAAGCGCUCUCGAAGCCCCGUUGCCGGAAUGUCUCAUGCGGAGCGAGCUAAAUGAUCGAGUGACUUACGGUGGGGUUGCCGAUGAGUGGGAUAGUUGGUGUCAGCGGGACCCUCGAGGGGUCGGCUGCAGCAAAUUAGGCGCCGAUGCUCAUGCGGGGGCUGCAGAGGGAGAGGGGUCGCACAACGCCAGUGGCUUAGCUACAUCCGACGCCGCUGCUGGACGGGACCUCCGGAAUCCCACGGAAAGACUUACAUCUGCGUUGGCACGUGAUGGCGGUGUUCAGAGGCUCCCACUGCAGUCAAAGCAGGGAGAAUUGUUGGGUAUGCCAAUGGACCAGCGGGGCGGUGGUCAAGUUUUGCUGUCAAACCGUGGGAGCGUCGGCGGUAACGGUAAGUGCACCCCAGCGUGGUUGAGGUGUAAUGUGGGGGAGGGACAUGUGGGAAAAUGUGGUAGUCACCACCUAGCUGGAAUCGCCACAGCUGAUGCGCGGCUUGAAGACGUUGCGAUGUACAAUAUGUGUGCUCAACUGUCUUUGAGAGGGGAAAAUGUACAGACAAAAGCAGGAGCGAGUGCUGUGUUUGUAGGUGAAGGGGCAGCGGUCUUGAAUAGAGAGCGACAGGGGCAUAGUUUUGCCGGAAGAGCACCACGGACCGAGGGCUCUGUCUGGGGAUUGCGUGCGCCGUUAUCGCACGGCUCCGACAGAUCUUUGGCUCUGGCGUGUCAGCACGUCGAUCCCGACCCGAUCGGUUUGGGUCCGCGGCGGUGCCGUAGUGCGCCCCAUUUUAACGAGCACUCAUUAUAUUUGAAUAGAGAUCUAACCGAGUAUUCGCCGUGGUCGCAAACCAUGUAUCAUGAAGGAAACUUGGGACGAUUUGGGCGGCGUGACGCAUACUCGAGGGAGCGUUUUCGACAACGGACGCGUGUGAGCGAUUCAAGGAGUGUUGUUGCACGGUGCCAGAAAUGGAAGGAUCAGAGGGAGGCGAAAUUAAACGAGUUGCGAGUGUUACAAGAGGAAAAUCAGCUAAAGGACUGCACUUUCAAGCCAGGGCGACCGCUGGCUGGCUCAGGUACUUCUCAUGUGCCAAAAGUUUUCAGCGAUAAAGAUGCCCCCCGGGGCGGUCGGAUGCGUACGAUGCAGUCGCGGGGGUCUCGUUGGCGUCCACAACAUGACGGGUCGUUGCAGAGGUGUGAGACAUCCCUGUUUCUCGGGCGGGCAUCCGAAUCACAAACUUCGGGGUUUAAUUCACUGGAUGAGGGAAGCCCUUUUCCCCCUCGCCGUCAUGUUAGGAGGGCAGGUUGGCCACUUGCCUCGCAAGGGUGUGCAAGGUCAGAGAGAGAGAGGCAGCUAAAGCUUUCUGGUCAUAGCUCCCACUCACUCUGUGAUUUUUCCGUGUUCGAGCGCAUCUACAAUCGUGUUUGUAACCCCGAGGGGGCUGGAAGCUGCUGUGGCGCUGAGUCACCACCAACUGGUUCUGCCUGCCGCUAG